AUGUCUGGAGCCAAAAAAUCUCCACUAAAGGCAAAGAAAGAAAAGCCUAAAGCUCCAAGUGUAUCGAUUUUACAAUUGUUUCGUUUUUCCACACCUAAAGAAAAAUUAAUGAUUGUCAUUGCUACUAUAUUAUCAUCAGCCACCGGAGCAUUACAACCAGCGUCAAUGGUGAUUUAUGGAUCCUUCGUUCAAAAUUUGACGCAGUCUUUGCAAGAUCCCAGCCGGAUACUUGAAAACACUUUACCUGUCAUUAAAACAAUGGCUUAUUUUGGAACUGCCAUUUUGUUUGCUGCAUACGUCUCCAAUUCUUUUUGGAUCGUUACAGGAGAAAGUCAGACCCGUCGGAUUAAAGGACUUUAUGUCCAUGCCGUUUUACGUCAAGAAAUGGGUUGGUUUGAUGAAGCAUCAGAAGGAUCUCUGAAUACUAGAUUAGCAACAGAUACGCAAAUGAUCCAAGAUGGUAUAUCAGAAAAGUUUGGCAGAUUCAUUAUGUUUUCUUCUCAAUUUAUUGGUGGAUUUGCUGUUGCAUUUUCCAGAGGAUGGCGAUUGGCUGUAAUUAUGUUAGCUGUAAUGCCUCUUUUAGUUUUGACAGGCGGCGGCAUGGGUUUUUUUAUCACCAAGUAUACCUUAACAUCCCAAAACUCUUAUGCUGCUGCUGGUUCGGUCGCAGAACAAGUUUUUAACUCGAUCCGUACCGUUUAUUCCUUCAGUUUACAAAAACGCUUCUCCCAAAGAUAUGAGGUCGAACUUGAAAAGGCUCGUAAAGCAGGUUACAAGCGUGGUAUAGUGUCCGGUGUAGGUUUCGCUAGUUUCAUCUUUUUCCUGUUUGUUACCUACUCUUUAGCUCUCUGGUAUGGUUCUCAACUUGUCAUCAAAGGAAAAAUGAACGGUCCUACUGUUCUUGUGGUCUUCAUGAGUAUGAUGGUCGGAAGUAUGUCCCUGAUCAAUCUUCCAGGUACGAUGACCGCUAUCUUCAGUGCUCGCGGUGCGGCCCAUAAGAUAUUUGCUGUCAUUGAUCGUGUACCUGAUAUUGAUGUCGAUUCCGAAGCAGGUCUAAAGCUGAAAGAUGUGUCCGGAGCUAUUGAAUUUAAAAAUAUCAUGUUCAAAUACCCUUCUCGUCCCGAUCUUGUUAUCUUAAAGGAUAUGACUCUUAGCAUCAAGGCUGGUAUGACAGUUGCCUUUGUCGGUCCAUCAGGUUCUGGAAAAUCAACUACAAUUCAACUAUUGCAAAGAUUUUAUGAUCCCUUGGCCGGAAGCAUGACUUUGGACGGUCAUGAUUUUAAAGAUCUCAAUGUCAAAUGGUUGCGUCAAGAAAUUGGUACUGUUGGUCAAGAACCGGUAUUAUUCAACAUGUCUGUUCGUCAAAACUUGGCUAUGGGAAGUGACAAGGAGAAAAUCUCAGAUGAGGAAAUGAUUAGCGCCUGUAAAGAAGCUAACUGUCAUACUUUCAUCACUCAAUUGCCUAACGGUUAUGAUACGCUUGUGGGUGAACAAGGUCGUAUGCUAUCUGGUGGUCAAAAACAACGUAUUGCUAUUGCUCGUGCUAUCUUAAAGAAUCCUUCAAUUUUGUUAUUAGAUGAGGCUACCUCUGCUUUAGAUACCCAAUCUGAGCGUUUGGUUCAAAAUGCUCUUGAUAAAGCUUCCUCCAAUCGUACUACUAUUGUUGUGGCUCAUCGACUUUCUACUAUUGUAAAUGCUGACCUUAUCGUUGUUAUGGAUCACGGUAUCAUGAUUGAACAAGGAAAACACAACGAACUCUUGCAAUUAAACGGUGUCUAUGCUGAUUUGGUUCGCAAGCAAGCGAUCGAUACGACGGAUACUUCCACAAUCAAGAAUAUUGAUCCUGAUCUCUUACUUCAACAAGAAGAACAAGAAAUCCAAGAACAAGUGCGCGAGAAAGAAGCUCAUAAAUUGUCAAAGUUGGUGUCUAAAAAUAAUAAUGAGAAAGAAGUAAAAGUUGAAUUGGAAAACAAGGAUGGAAUAUAUCUCGAUAGCAACAAUAACAGUUCAGUAACUUUAGACGCCUAUGAUUUAAAAAUUAGUAAGCAAGAGCAAGAAAAGAAAAUCAUGAAAAAGCAAAAGGCCCCCAUGAAAGAAAUCUUAAUCCAAAUGAAACCCGAAUGGCCAUUCCUCGUCUCAGGCGUCUUGGGUGCUGUCUUGGCCGGUUGCAUCUUUCCCAUCUACUCUUUCUUGUUUUCAAAAGUCAUUACGACAAUUAGUGAUCCCUCAAGCACAAACAUCGCUCCUGGUCCCUUAAAAGGUACCAAUCUUUACGCCUUACUUUUCUUCAUCAUUGGUGUCUGUGCAUUCAUUGGAUAUAGUGCACAAAACGUGUCGUUUGAGCUUGCAGGUGAAUCUUACACGAAGCGUCUUCGUUAUAAUCUUUUCGCAGCUUAUAUGCGUCAAGAAAUUGGCUUCUAUGAUAUGGAAGAAAACAACACAGGUGCCUUGACUACCAUGCUGGCGGUAGAUGCUCACAACGUAAACGAAAUGGUCACAAAGGUCUGGGGCGAUGUCACUCAAUUUUCUACUACCAUGGCUGUUGGUGUAAUCAUUGCAUUCGUUCACAGUUGGGCUUUAUCUUUAAUUGUUCUCUGUAUGUCUCCAUUCAUUAUGAUUGCUACCUCUUAUGAAUCCAGAGUUCAUCGUGGCUAUGAAGAUAAAACAAAGAGGGCCAAUGCUGAAAGUGGUGAAGUGGCCGGUGAGGCUAUUCGUGAAAUCCGUACUGUUGCCGCUUUGAAUAAGCAAUCUUACUUUGAGGAUCGCUACUUUCAUGCUACUGAACGUCCCCACAAGCUUGCUGGACAAAAGGCUUACCUGUCAUCAAUUGGGUACGGUCUUAGCCGUGGUAUUGGUAUUUACACAAGUUCUGUUGCAUUUUAUGGUGGUUCUCGAUUAAUUGCUAAUGGCAGUAUUACUUUUCAACAAAUGUUUACAACAAUGCAAGUUAUUAUGAUCGCUUCUGAAAUGGCUGGAAGAAGUAGUGUCUUCGCUAGUACUUUUGCUAAAGCCAAAUAUUCUGCGAUUUCAACUUUUGCCGUUCUUGGUCGGCAACCUCUCAUUGAUUCUGAAUUAGAAGGCCUUGAACCCGCUAACGAAACAAUUAAAGGCGAUAUUGAUUUCAAAAAUAUUAAAUUUUGCUAUCCUGCUCGUCCUGAUGUUUCCGUUUUCAACGGCGACUUUAAUCUUAAAGGAAAUGCCGGUCAAACGAUCGCCCUUGUCGGUCCUUCCGGUUGCGGUAAAUCCACUACCAUUGGUAUGCUUCAACGUUGGUACGAUCCUAUUGAAGGCAUUGCUUCUCUCGAUAACGUCGACAUUAAAAACUACUCCAUCAACAAUCUUCGCAGUUACAUGGCUCUUGUUUCACAGGAACCAUUUCUUUUUGAUAUCACCAUUGGUGAAAAUGUUCGAUUUGGUGUAGAUGAUCAUGUCCAAAUUACUCAAGAAGAUGUUGAAACCGCCUGUAAAGCCGCCAAUAUUCAUGAGUUUAUUUCAAGUCUUCCUGAUGGAUACAACACACGUGUUGGCGACAAGGGUUCUCAACUUUCUGGUGGUCAGAAACAACGUAUUGCUAUUGCUCGUGCCUUAAUCCGUAAACCUAGAGUUUUGUUACUAGAUGAAGCUACAUCUGCUCUCGACAGUGACUCCGAACGUAUUGUACAAGAAGCCCUGGACAAUAUUUUGGAAGAGGGAGGUAGAACAACCAUCACAAUUGCUCAUCGUCUCUCCACCAUUCAAAAUUCAGAUUUGAUCUGUGUCGUGAAAGAUGGUCGUAUUAUUGAACAAGGAACUCAUUGGGACCUUUUGGCUCUUAAUGGAACGUAUUCAGAGCUUGUCCAUGAACAAUCCUUAUCCGCUUUAUAA